GGAGCAGCCAACGCGAGCUGCUCGUACUAUGGGAGCUUAAACGGUGGUCGAGGGGGCCAAAUUUCACACACUGACGGGUUUUAAGCGCACCGGGACGAAGAGGAUAUACACCCAUACUAAGCGUGGACACUUUCGACAGAGAGUUUGCCACGCUGAGCCUGAAAAACAACGAAAAAAAUAUGCGGAUAACGGAUAGUUCCUCAGGUUUUCCAAAUCAUAUAGCGCUACGGACAACAGCAGAAACAACAUCCAUGCUACCGACUGCUGCGGUUGUAAAGGAUGCGUUUUACCCCGAAACCUUCUCCGUUUAGCGCUUUUUCCCCGUGGCAUGUGAACGUUUAGUCACGAAAAGCUCACGGUUUAACGGCUUUAAAGCACACCAGCAGAGUAUCUGGACAGCCAGCUGAAUGUUUACGCUUUAAAAUGGCUGCGGACGGGAUCAGAAUAAGACCGUUGAACAAUAUGAUGCUUUAAAGCUGGAAAUAUCCCAUCACCUGAGUUAUGGUAAUGAUCUGGGAGGAAAGAUUCUUUUCGAUGUUAUGGGGAAUUAUUUUCCAGCCCUGUAACUACAGGAGGUAACGUAGGAAAUUCCUGCCCUUGUUCAGAAACACAAUGAGGCGAGACAGAUGAUUUAAUAUGCCUGUGUUUUUGCUGAUUUUAUCAUAUCGCACUCGGAUCUGGAGGCUUUCCGUUAAACGAUCGCCGAGAUUUCAGGAAACGAUUGCGGAUAUUUAAGGAAUAUUCAUGAUUUAUAAGUAAACGGAUCCCCCUGCUGUUAUAAUUGAAACAAUCUGGGCACCAGUAGAAAGGCCCUGAGAUAUUGAUACUCUGUUCAACAACAGCAGCAGCAUCCCUGAACCAUGAAUGCUGGGAAGAGGAUGCUCAGACCUGAGCUGUGUCUGGUCAGACAGAGACUGCAAGGCAUGCAGAGAUAUUUAUGGCUGUGUGUGAUGUUCUCCUUGGUGCUGAUAUCAGACUGCUCUCCGUCUAAACCCUGUGAGAAGAACUGUCUGUCAGGCAGGUGUGUGAACGGAUCCUGUGUCUGUGACCGUGGAUGGGUUGGUGACCAGUGUCAGCACUGCCAAGGAAGGUUCAAGUUGACUGAGCCGUCUGGAUACCUAACAGAUGGUCCCAUCAACUACAAGUUCAAAACGAAGUGCACCUGGCUGAUUGAGGGCUACCCAAACGCAGUCCUGAGGUUACGAUUUAACCAUUUUGCGACCGAAUGUAGCUGGGACCACAUGUAUGUCUACGAUGGAGAUUCUAUUUAUGCUCCAUUAGUUGCUGUCUUCAGUGGUCUCAUUGUCCCCGAAGUGAAAGGGAACGAGACUGUCCCUGAAGUGGAGACCAACUCAGGCUACGCACUUCUGCACUUUUUUAGCGAUGCUGCCUACAACCUGACAGGAUUUGAAAUCUUCUACUCAAUCAACUCAUGUCCAAAUAACUGCUCUGGCCACGGGAAGUGUUCCUCGGGGAACUCGAUAGCGAGUCGUGUGUAUUGUGACUGCGAGAACUUCUGGAAGGGUGAGGCCUGUGACAUCCCGUACUGUAGGAACAACUGUGGCAGCCCCGAUCAUGGCUACUGUGACUUCUCCGGAGAGAAACUCUGCGUGUGCAACGACAGCUGGCAAGGUCCGGACUGCUCACUUACAGUGCCCUCCACAGAGUCUUACUGGAUCAUGUCCGCUAUGAAGCCUUUUGGGGCAUCGCUGGGAAGAGCAUCUCAUAAAGCGGUGGUGCAGGAAAAGGUCAUGUGGGUUGUCGGCGGCUACACGUUUAACUACAGCAACUUUCAGAUGAUUCUCAAUUAUAAUCUGGAAAGUGGCAUUUGGAACACUGUGCCCAUCAGUAGCGGACCCCUGCCGAGAUACGGACACUCUUUGGCACUAUAUCGGGAUGACAUCUACAUGUUUGGUGGCAAGUUGGAGAUGGGUGCCAGUAAUGUAACAGAUGAACUGUGGGUGUUUAACAUACCCAGCAUGACGUGGAUACAGAAGUCUCCCAGUGUUCCAGCCCAUGGUCAGGUGUAUGCUGUAGAGGGCCACUCCGCUCAUGUGGUGGAGCUGGAGAACGGUGAUGUAGUGAUGGUGGUCAUCUUCGGCUACUCCUCCAUCUACAGCUACAUCAGCAACGUUCAGGAGUAUAACAUCAGGACAAACACGUGGCUGGUGCCGGAGACCAGAGGAGCGAUCGCUCAGGGUGGAUACGGCCACAGCAGUGUGUAUGACAGAGACAGCAAGAGUGUGUACGUCCACGGGGGUUACAGAUCACUCCCAGCAAACAAAUACGGCCUGGUGGAUGAUCUUUACCGCUAUGAAGUUCAGACCCGCACAUGGACGAUUCUUAGAGAAAGUGGUUACCCACGAUACCUGCAUUCAUCUGUGCUGCUGGGCGGAACUCUGCUCAUCUUUGGAGGAAAUACCCAUAAUGACACCUCUCUUAGCAAUGGAGCCAAGUGCUUUUCUGCUGACUUCCUUGCUUAUGACAUAGCAUGUGAUGAGUGGAAGGUCCUUCCCAAACCGAACUUACACAGAGAUGCGAAUCGUUUUGGACACACAGCGGUAACCAGUAAUGGGUCCAUGUAUGUGUUUGGGGGUUUUUCCAGUGUCCUUCUCAAUGACGUACUGAUCUACAGGCCGCCCAGUUGUGAGGCCUUCCUGGGGCAGGAUCGCUGCGAGGCCGCAGGCCCUGGCGUGCGCUGCAUUUGGAAAAGAGGCCGUUGUGUUUCCUGGGAGCCCAGCUUCACUAACAGUGCUACACCUGCUCCAUUCUGCCCUGCCAAAGCUGCCACGGAGGAUGAGAGAUGUUACAGAUUCUCUGACUGCACCAGCUGUACCGCCAACACUAAUGGAUGUCAGUGGUGUGACAGCAAGAAAUGCAUCUCGGCUCUCAGUAACUGCACUUCUACGGUGAAGAAUUUCACCAAAUGUCCAAUUAGGAAUGAGCAGAUUUGCAGUAAGAUGGCCAACUGCAAGAGCUGCUCCCUCAACCUCAGCUGUCAGUGGGAUCCUCAGCAGCAGGAAUGUCACACUCUUCCUGCUCAGCUAUGUGGUGACGGCUGGAGCAAUGUCGGGGAGGUCUGUCUUCAGAUCAACUCCAGCAGGGAGAGUUUUGACAAUGCUCAGCAUUACUGCAAGAACCUGGAGGGAAAGAUCGCCUCGCUUACUACAGCCAAACAGGUGGACUUUGUGCUGGAGGAACUGCAGAAGCACCAGCAGAAGGGAAAGAAACUGUCCCCAUGGGUUGGCCUGAGGAAGUUCAACGUGUCAUACUGGGGCUGGGAGGACGAGUCUCCAUUCACGAACACCUCUCUGCAGUGGCUGCCCGGAGAGCCCAAUGACUCAGGUUUCUGUGCUUACCUGGAAAGAGCUCAGGUCUCUGGCCUCAGGGCCAAUCCAUGCACCGCCAACACAGACGGCCUCAUCUGUGAGAAACCAGUCGUGAGCCCAAACCAAAAUGCCAGGCCAUGUAAGACCCCCUGCUCCCUGCGCACCACCUGUGAGAACUGCACCAGCCAGGCCAUGGAGUGCAUGUGGUGUGGAAGCACCAAACGCUGCGUGGACUCCAAUGCCUACGUCAUCUCCUUCCCCUACGGCCAGUGUCUGGAGUGGCAGACAGCAGACUGUUUGUCUCAGAAUUGCUCUGGUUUGCGUACGUGCGGCCUGUGUCUGGAACAGCCUGACUGUGGAUGGUGUGGAGACCCCAGUAAUACCGGCCGAGGGCAGUGCAUGGAGGGUUCGUAUCGUGGACCCAUGAAGAGCCCCUCCAGACACAGUCAAGACAUGGUGCUGGAGACGGGGCUCUGUCCAAAAGAGAGAGGCUUUGAGUGGGCCUUCAUCCAGUGUCCUGCAUGCCAGUGCAAUGGCCACAGCACAUGUGUGAACGUUAGCAUGUGUGAGCAGUGCCGAAAUCUUACCACCGGCCUUCACUGCGAAACAUGCUUGCCUGGAUACUAUGGAGACCCUACCAAUGGUGGAAAGUGCCAAGCCUGUAAAUGUAAUGGCCAUGCCAACAUGUGCCAUGAGCUGACGGGCAAAUGCUUUUGCACCACCAAGGGCAUCAAAGGUGACCAGUGCCAGCUUUGUGACUCAGAAAACCGUUACCUUGGCAACCCCCUCCGAGGAACCUGUUACUAUAACCUGCUGAUUGAUUACCAGUUCACCUUCAGUCUGCUUCAAGAAGAUGACCAGCACUACACUGCCAUUAACUUCAUGGCCACUCCUGAACAGACCAGCAAAAACUUGGACAUGUCCAUCAACGCCUCAAACAAUUUCAAUCUGAACAUCACAUGGUCUGUUGGAUCAACAGCUGGGACCAUCUCUGGAGAAGAGAUUCCUAUUGUGUCCAAGACCAACAUCAAAGAGUACAGAGACAGUUUCUCUUGUGAAAAGUUCAGUUUUCACAGUAACCCAAACAUCACCUUCUAUGUGUAUGUCAGCAACUUCUCAUGGCCAAUCAAAAUACAGAUCGCCUUCUCUCAGCACAACAGCAUUAUGGACCUGGUGCAGUUCUUUGUGACGUUUUUCAGCUGUUUUCUGUCCCUGUUGCUGGUUGCUGCUGUGGUGUGGAAGAUCAAACAGACCUGUUGGGCCUCUAGGCGACGAGAGCAACUGAUGAGGGAAAGGCAGCAGAUGGCCAGUCGUCCCUUUGCCUCGGUCGCGGUGGCUCUGGAUGUGGGCGGCACUGAAGGAGAACUGCUUCAGGGUGGAAUCGAGGGGCCGCCCAAGCCAGUUGCUGUGGAACCCUGUUCAGGCAGUAAAGCUGCAGUGCUCACGGUGCUAAUGUGCCUCCCACGAGUGGCAUCUGGUGUUCCUCCACCCGGCCAGUCAGGUAUAGCCAUCGCCAGCGCUCUUAUCGACACGUCCCAGCAGAAGCCCAUGGACUUCAAAGAGAAAAGCCAAGGAUUGAAGAACCGCAAAGCUCUGCCUCCUGCUCACCAGGGCACCUGCGUUUGAAUCGUCUGUGGCCUUGGUGGGCUGUCCUUCUUUUCCAGAGUGACCUCCUCUCUUGUGCUGCUCCAGGCAGACGGCGGUGGCCUCAUGCGGCCUCAUAUGAGGGGAUUAUUUAGGUGACAGAGUGCCCUCUAUUUCCACUCAAACAUUCACUUUAUCUUUCCAUGUCAAUUGAACAUCGUAAAUAGAUCUCGUCCAUCAGAAAUGACCUGGUCCUGCUCAAGAAUCACUUUACCAGUUCCUAACCCUAACCUCAGCUUAAAUCAUCCUUCCUCUAGAGCCAUUUCAAGGCCUUUUGAACUUCCAGUCGUCUCGCCAUCAGCUUCUCACCAAGCACAGAUGUGCCUCUAGCAUGGUUUGUAUUUAAAUUAUGGACCAGAGUGUCUUGCUUAGCCAGAAAUAGCGUUCUGGUAGUUCAAGUACGGGUUGAACAGCUCACUUUAUUUGUAUGCUUGCCAACUAAACUUAGGUUUUUGCUCAUUUUUUUUAAUUUAAGAGAUGGACUAUACGGCGUGGAAGCUAUCUUUUGUGUAAGCUAAUGACGUUCUGCUGCUGGUAGCCUCAUGCUUUGUAAACUCAUGUUAGGAAUGGGUCAAAUCCAUCUUUAGCUAGACACGUUUCGCACAUUUCAUAUUUGCGCUCUUCUUGUGAAGACUUUGCAUGGACCACUCACACUAUGCUUGAAAGCUUUCAACCGUUCGUGGGUUUACGUGUCAGUCAAAAAGCAUCUUCAUGUCUUGAAUUUUCACGCACUGUUAGCUGCAGCUAAACGCACCAUGAUGUAGAGGAGCCAGUUGCUGCGGGUGAAUCCCAGUGUCAGUCGUAAAUCACAAAGAGAAGUCAGUAUUUAGGUGAGGGAUGAAAUCGCACCUCACUGAUCUGACAAACGUGACAAAUUUACGCCAGAAGAUUACAUCGCGGGUGUAUAGUAUUGUUAAGGACUUGCUAGGGAACUCUAAAAAAGCCGUUGAUCUUUAUUUUUAUUGUCGUUUCGCAACGGUACAGGUUUAAACGAGCAGAGACUCAACUUUGCAGUAACGCUUCAUCUCUUUAUAAAGAACUUUUGUAUUCUUAAGUUUCACAUAUUGUGAAUGUCAAAAAGAAGGAGAAGAUUUUGAGGAGACCAGCAGGCCAGAGUGUAAUUAGACUGUUUAUACACUCAAGAACUGUGUCCUCAGGAAGUGGUCGUUUUCAAAGCAGGUUUCCACACAACUGGAUCCUCAGUCUAACGCACCACUGGGACUAAGCCUGAACCCUUCCUGGGUGAGUCUGGGAGAUGUUUUUUUCCUCAGCAAAAAAGUGUACAGCAUCCUAAUCAUCAUUUGUUUGCUUUAGAUGGACUUGAACAUGUGAAUCUAAUGUGAAUCGCUCUUUUUCUCUUCAUGUAGCUACUUCAAUGUUUUUGUUUGUAUUUUCUGCUGGUUUUAAUAAAGGAUAUUAAAAGGUCAUUAGGUAUUAUAGGACCACCCUCUGUACAUGACGGUGAUGAGAAAUAAUCUUUUACAAUGUUUGUGGGAAAAAAAACGAAAUGUUGAAUUGUUUUGUAACUAAUUGAUUCCUGUGUAAUACCUCUGUGAUUUUGAUGCUUAACUACAGUAACUCGAUUCAUGCCAGUGUUGUUGUUUUUAUUAGGGCUAGAUGUAAACUGAAGCUGCUCAUCUAGAUUAUUUGGGGCAUUUUUGAACAUAUUUCUUAGGAAAUAUGUUAGGACAUUAGCAUCAAGGCUAUUUUUGUUGUAACGCAGGACUUUUACAGACUGAUUACACAGGAAUCAUCUCACUGUAACUGAGAAAAAAACAGCUUCAUUCAUCCCUCAGUGCAUAUCAUUAAUCUUCAUUGUAUUUUAAAGAUGAAUGGAAAAAUAAAACACUUGAAUAUUCA